GGGGCGGAGCCUCCGCGCCGCCGCCUCACGGGUCGGCCGCCAUCUUGUUUCUCGGCCGCUGGGCGCUUCAGUCCGCUCCAUCCUCCCCCCCCUCCUCCUCCUCCUCCCCCCCUUCUCCUUCCCGCCUCGCGUCGCUCGGGCCGGACGCAGCGCGGGCGCCGGCCGGACGAGGCGGAGGUCGCGGCGCCGGUCGCUCCGCUCCCAGAAUGUCCACGGACGGUGGCUUCGGCACAGGCAGCAACAGCGAUGCCCAGCAGAGCCUCCAGUCCUUCUGGCCACGGGUCAUGGAGGAGAUCCGCAACCUCACCGUGAAGGACUUCAGGGUCCAAGAACUCCCCCUGGCUCGGAUUAAGAAGAUAAUGAAGCUGGAUGAAGAUGUGAAGAUGAUUAGUGCAGAAGCUCCUGUGUUGUUUGCCAAGGCAGCUCAGAUAUUCAUCACAGAACUGACUUUGAGAGCGUGGAUACACACAGAGGACAACAAGAGGAGGACCCUGCAGAGGAAUGACAUUGCCAUGGCAAUUACCAAGUUUGAUCAGUUUGACUUCCUUAUCGAUAUCGUUCCAAGGGAUGAGCUGAAGCCUCCAAAGAGACAGGAAGAGGUGCGUCAGGCUGUGACCCCAGCUGAGCCUGUACAGUAUUACUUCACUCUUGCUCAGCAGCCUGCUGCAGUGCAGGUUCAGGGGCAGCAGCAAGGACAGCAGACCACCACAUCUACAACCACUAUCCAGCCAGGCCAGAUCAUCAUUGCCCAGCCACAGCAAGGGCAGAGCACCCCGGUGACCAUGCAGGUUGGAGAAGGUCAGCAGGUACAAAUAGUGCAGGCCCAGCCCCAAGGACAGACCCAGCAGGCUCAGAGUGGAACUGGGCAGACCAUGCAAGUCAUGCAGCAGAUCAUCACCAACACAGGAGAGAUCCAGCAGAUACCGGUUCAGUUGAAUGCUGGCCAGCUGCAGUAUAUCCGCUUAGCCCAACCCGUGUCAGGCACCCAGGUAGUCCAGGGGCAGAUCCAGACGCUUGCAACCAAUGCACAGCAGAUAACACAGACAGAAGUCCAGCAAGGACAGCAGCAGUUCAGCCAGUUCACGGACGGACAGCAACUCUAUCAGAUCCAGCAAGUGACCAUGCCUGCAGGCCAGGACAUCACCCAGCCCAUGUUCAUUCAGUCCACCAACCAGACCUCAGAUGGCCAGGCCACACAAGUGACAGGGGACUGAACAGAGACCUCAUAGCAGGUGGAAAAACACACACACACACACAGCAGCUUGACAUUUGCCAUCCCAGCUUGGCCUGAUGAAUUCAUCUGCUUCUUGUGUAUCUCUACAUGAUGGUAAGCCUACAGUAGGCUGAGGCUGCAGGGCUCUGUCCCCCUUCCUGGGCUGCCUGGGAGGGAAUAUCCAGCAGACACUGACAAGAAUGCCAGAUCUGGUUUAUUUUUAGAAGCCAAUCUUUGGGUGUGUUCAGCUGCUUGUUCAACCCCCAUCAGACUGAGAGAGAACUAACCACAAAGGAAUUUGUAGCAUCUCAUUUGAUGUUGUAAAAGGUUUUUACCCAGUAAAAUGAUUAAAGGGUUCUGCAUCUCCUUUGUCAGAGCUUGAUUCCUCCUGCCUCUCUUCUUGGUUUUCCCUCUGAACAGAGCUAGAUUCAGUCCUCCUGUCUCAGUGGCUUGUUAGGGGUGGAUGGGGGGAGUGUCUCUGUGUGUGUGUGUGAGAUGUUUCCUCUCCUGCCUCCUUUUUUGGUAAGCUGGAGCAUUGCUGUGUGCAGCUUGAGGGCAGGGAGUAGGGGAGGAGUAAUUAAAGUGAAAGCAAAACAAACCAAA